AUGACGUUGAAAAAGAAUGUGGGAUUUUUUUACUUUUUUUUUCUUUUAACCUACAAUGGAUAUCUCUGCCAUUUCGUCAAUGAAGCCUAUGAUCAAAUCUGCGAGGUCUGCAUUUUCCUCAUCAACAACUUCUCUCUCCCAGCAGACAAAGCUUUUACUGUCUAUAUCCCGUCACUAGAAUCCCCUUUCCUCUUCUCUAAUGUCGUCGCCGUUUCCCAUCCCUCUGCCAUCCUCUGUAACAAUCCAGACCACCCGCAUCCAAAGCCCCGCGGUCAGUUCCAACUCAACACCAACGUCAUCCCGCUCUUAGCAAAGAUUGAGGUCUCCGUGGAGGAUUUGGCCACCCUACAGUCCCUGGAUGUGGUCUCCUCGAAAAAGAUCGAGAGGUUGGCAAUGAAGGUGGGAGAGAACAUGUUCAAUUUCAUACAGUCAUUUUGUGGGGUUGAUUGGAGCAAAUUGGUGGUUCUCUUGGAUAUUUUGGAUAGAUGGUUCAAGAAGUUUCAGGAGGGAGCCAAAUGCGACCCUAAAUACUUUUAA